AGCAUCACCUUCUAUAUACGAUAAUCACCUCAUGAGGGUUAACUGGAAGGAACAGUUUUACUUUCUUGCUAUCUAUAUAGAUCAUGGCUCCAGGCAAACUCCAGGAAUUACCCAACUCAUGCAUCCUGUUAUAAUAAAACCAUAACAAAGCAGUAGGUCGUAAAAAUGGAGGCUUUGAAAACAGGCAAUAAUGGUCAUACAGGCAGUUUAAGAAUAUGGGGGAAUAGUACAAAUGAAACUUUCUCCACCUCUUGUCGCAAUGAAGAUGAUGAACAAGCUCUUAAAUGGGCUGCACUGGAGAGACUUCCUACUUAUUCACGUCUAAGGAGGGGUUUACUCACUGAAAAAGAUGGUCAUUCUAAAGAGAUUGAUAUAAAGAGUUUAGGAUUAACACAGAAAAGGAAUCUAUUAGAGAGACUAGUGAAAAAUGUAGAAGAAGAUAAUGAGAAAUUCUUGUUGAAGCUGAAGGAUCGCACUGACAGGGUUGGACUGCAUAUGCCAACAAUUGAGGUUAGGUUUGAGCAUUUAAGUGUUGAAGCAGAAGCAUAUGUGGGAAGCAAAGCAUUACCUACACUAUUCAACUUCUUGAUUAAUUAUUUUCAGGGAUUCAUGAAUUAUCUUCACAUUCUUCCUAGUAGAAAAAAACCAUUACGAAUCCUCAAUGAUAUUAGUGGAAUCAUCAAGCCCCAAAGAUUGACAUUACUAUUAGGCCCCCCAAGUUCAGGCAAGACCACCUUUCUUUUAGCUUUGGCAGGAAAACUCAGUAAAGAACUAAAAUUUUCAGGAAGAGUCACCUAUAAUGGACAUGAAAUGGAAGAGUUUGUGCCCCAAAGAACAUCAGCUUAUGUAAGUCAAUAUGAUCUCCACAUUGCAGAAAUGACUGUUAGAGAAACUCUGGCUUUCUCUUCAAGAUGUCAAGGGGUUGGCACGCGCUACGAGAUGUUGGAAGAAUUAUCAAGAAGGGAAAAAGCAGCAAAUAUCAAACCUGAUCAUGAUAUUGAUAUCUUCAUGAAGGCAGCUGCAGUAGAUGGGCAAGAGAUCAAUGUAGUUGUAGACUAUAUUCUCAAGAUUUUAGGACUUGAAGCAUGUGCAGAUACAAUGGUGGGUGAUGAAAUGAGACGAGGCAUCUCUGGUGGGGAAAAGAGGCGAGUCACAAUAGGAGAAAUGCUGGUUGGACCUGCAAGAGCACUUUUCAUGGAUGAGAUAUCAGCUGGUUUGGACAGUACAACAACUUUCCAAAUUGUGAACUCACUGAGACAAUUGAUCCACAUUCUUAAUGGAACUGCACUUAUCUCUCUUCUCCAACCAGCACCAGAAACAUAUGAACUUUUUGAUGACGUAAUUCUUCUUACAGAUGGACAAAUCGUGUAUCAAGGUCCAAGAGGAAAUGUGCUCGAGUUCUUCGAACACAUGGGUUUCAGAUGUCCUGAGAGGAAAGGAGUUGCUGACUUCUUACAAGAGGUGACAUCUAGGAAAGAUCAAGAACAGUAUUGGGCAAGAAAAAAUGAGCCUCGUGGAUUUGUUUCUGCUAAGGAAUUUGCUGAAGCAUUUCAGUCGUUUCACAUUGGACGAAAGCUAGGUGAUGAACUUGCUAACCCAUUUGACAAGUCCAAGUCACACCCUGCUGCUGUAGCAGUCGAGAGAUAUGGUGUCAGCAAGAAGGAACUCCUGAAAGCUUGCGUUUCUAGAGAAUUUCUUCUCAUGAAGAGGAAUUCAUUUGCCUACAUUUUCAAAAUGGUCCAACUUGUUGUUAGGGCUUUUAUAAUAACGACAAUAUUUCUAAGAACAGAGAUGCACCAAAACACAUUAGCAGAUUGUGGGGUUUAUUUCGGGGCCCUUUUCUUUUCAGUCAUAUCUCUUAUGUUAAAUGGAGUUUCAGAGCUUUCAAUGACUGUCCUUAAACUUCCUGUCUUCUACAAGCAAAGGGACCAUCUCUUUUUUCCUUCUUGGGCAUAUGCUUUGCCCGCAUGGGUUCUCAAGAUUCCAAUCACAUUUAUAGAAGUUUUAAUGUGGGUGAUUGUGACAUAUUAUGCAAUAGGAUAUGACCGUAACAUUCAAAGGGUUUUCAAGCAAUACCUGAUACUAAUAAUGACUAACCAAAUGGCAUCCUCGCUAUUUCGACUGGCUGCAGCACUAGGGAGAAAUUUAAUUGUAGCUAACACCAUUGGAGUACUAUCAAUAAUUACAGUAAUAGCACUGGGAGGCUUUGUCCUACCACGAGAUGCUCUGAAGAAAGGGUGGAUAUGGGGUUACUGGUCUUCACCAAUGAUGUAUGCUCAGAUUGGUAUUUCUGUGAAUGAAUUCCUUGGAAAGAAUUGGAAUCACUUUCCUCUUAAUUCUAUAGAGACGUUAGGAGUCACUUUCCUGAAGUCUAGAGCAAUUUCCCCUAAAUCAUAUUGGUAUUGGAUAGCAGUUGGAGCUUUGACAGGAUAUACUUUCCUAUUCAAUUUUCUUUUCACUUUGGCACUAAAAUAUCUGAAUCCAUUUGGGAAGCCUCAUGCAGUACUUUCAGCGGAAGCCCUCUCAGUUCAACAUGAUGACAGAAUAGUAGAUUGCAUUGGACUCUCAAGAGACAGAAAGAGCUCUUUGGGAAAAGGGAAUGCAAGCAACAGAAAUGCCUUGUCCAUGUCACGAUCUGUGAAUGUGGGUAGUUCUAGUGAUGCCAACAAAGGCAGGAGGGUGGGAUUGGUUCUCCCAUUUCAACCACGUUCCAUCUCUUUCGAUGAAAUUACAUACAGUGUGAACAUGCCAAAGGAGAUGAAAGCUCAGGGUAUUACUGAAGAGCGCCUACAAAUUUUGAAGGGUGUCAGUGGUGCUUUCAGACCAGGAAUCCUAACAGCUCUUAUGGGUGCUAGUGGUGCUGGAAAAACCACUCUCUUGGAUGUCUUGGCUGGAAGAAAAACCGGUGGUUACAUUGAGGGAAGCAUCACGAUAUCUGGGCACCCAAAGAAACAAGAAACUUUUGCUCGCAUUUCGGGCUACUGUGAGCAAGCUGAUAUCCACUCCCCAAAUGUUACGGUUCUCGAAUCAUUAGUAUAUUCUGCAUGGCUUCGACUACCUACCGAGGUUAAAUCUAAUGCAAGAAAGUUGUUCAUCGAGGAAGUCAUGAACCUGGUAGAACAAGCACUUGUGGGAUUGCCCGGUGUAAACGGUCUUUCAGUUGAGCAGCGAAAGAGACUAACAAUUGCAGUUGAGCUUGUAGCUAACCCAUCUAUAAUUUUCAUGGAUGAGCCAACCUCUGGCCUUGAUGCCAGGGCAGCAGCCAUAGUUAUGAGAACAGUGAGAAAUACAGUGGAUACGGGACGAACCGUGGUGUGCACAAUACAUCAGCCAAGCAUUGACAUAUUUGACGCUUUUGAUGAGUUACUUUUGCUGAAAAGGGGUGGCGAAGAAAUAUAUGCCGGUCCGAUUGGUCGACAUGCCUACCAUCUGAUCCGAUAUUUUGAGGGGAUUAAGGGAGUUCCUGGGAUUAAGGAUGGCUAUAAUCCUGCAACUUGGAUGUUGGAAGUUACAACAGUAGCACAAGAAGCAACUAUUGGGAUUAACUUCACUGAUAUAUACAGAAACUCACAACUAUAUAGGAGAAAUAAAGCAUUGAUCGAGGAACUAAGUAGACCUCCAUCCGGUUCAAAAGAUCUGUACUUCCCAACUCGAUAUUCACAACCCUUCUUAACCCAAUGUAUGGCUUGCCUAUGGAAGCAUCAUCGGUCAUAUUGGCGAAACCCACCAUACUCUGCAGUGAGACUCUUAUUUACAACACUCGUAGCUUUGAUGAUGGGAACAAUUUUCUGGGACUUGGGCUCCAAAAGAAGCAGGCAGCAAGAUAUUUUAAAUGCAAUGGGCUCCAUGUAUGUUUCUGUUCUUUUCUUAGGAUAUAUGAAUACUUCAUUGGUACAGCCAAUCGUGACAAUAGAGAGAACCGUAAUCUAUAGAGAAAGAGCUGCUGGAUUUUACUCCGCAUUACCAUAUGCCAUCGGACAGGUUCUGAUUGAACUGCCAUACGUUUUAGUUCAAACUAUAAUAUAUGGAGUGUUAAUGUAUGCAAUGAUCGGGUUCGAAUGGACAGUAAGCAAGUGCUUUUGGUUUCUUUUCUUCAUGUACUUCACCUUCUUAUACUUCAGCUUCUAUGGGAUGAUGACUGUUGCCUUUACGCCGAACCAUAACAUUGCUGCUAUAGUUUCCAUUUUCUUCUUUACCAUUUGGAGUACUUUCUCAGGAUUUGUUAUUCCUCUGACGAAAAUCCCAAAAUGGUGGAGAUGGUACUACUGGGCUUGUCCAGUUGCUUGGACAUUGUAUGGAUUGAUUGCUUCACAGUAUGGAGACAUAAAGGAGCCAUUAGACACCGGUGAAACUAUUGAACAUUUCUUAAAAAACUACUUCGGAUUUCGACACGACUUUAUUGGAAUUAUUGCAGUUGCUCUUGUUGGGUUUAAUUUACUCUUUGGGUUCAUCUUUGCCUUCUCCAUCAAAGCAUUUAACUUCCAGAAAAGAUAGUGAUUUUCGUUUAUAUUUCAACCUGUCAGGAUUUGUUUUAUCUUCUGGAGAUAGUUCAGGAAUCCUCAUUUCGAAAGAGCAGCAUAUACCCAUAGUGUUGACUAGGUCCUAUAGGCCUAGAAAAGGACAAAUUACAUCCUAAAAGUCGUGAUUCCAUCUGAAAAGUCAUUAGAUUUUGGAUGAAUUAUAGAAUUUUGUAGUAGCAAUAGUUUUUCAAUAUGUUUAUGUAUUCAUUGAAUAAAAAAAUAAAAUUCUAAAUAAAUUUACAUAAAAAGUUUUUUCUUUAAUAAAA